CAGGUGAAGAGAGAAAAAAGUUACAGGAAGAAAUGCGAUGAUGAAGAUUAAGUAAUUUUCAAAGUGUAAAUAAACACGUUUGGUGAUGAUUCAAGUGGCAGCAAUUGUCAAACAAGAUAGAGAGAUGAUAAAUCUCUUGACUCUUUAUUUCAUUAUUAUUGCUCACUUAAAUGUUUCUUUUUGUAUCUCAUUUCAUUUUCAACUUUUUAAUCUGUUUUGCGAUAAUUUUCAAUAUCAUAAUGUUUAUGAUAUUAUAAAUAUUACAUGAUAGACCUACUGUCACAAUUAGUACCUGCAAAAUUAAAACACUUUGGUUCAGGUGAAGUUGGCCACAGUAUCUCAACACACAUCUUUUCAUUUGUUGUUAUUUAUAAAUAGUUUUCAAUUAUUUUGUUCAGUCGAAUGAUAAAACGAAUCGAUUUGUCCUUUUCUUCAAAAUGUCAUCGGAUCAACCCUUUUUCAUGUAUACAGUUUCGUUCCUGUCUGCCAUCGGAGGUUUCCUCUUUGGUUAUGACACUGGUAUUGUUUCUGGAGCCAUGGUCUUGAUCAGAAAACAGCUGGAUCUGGACGACGUUUGGCAAGAGUUGAUUGUUAGUAUAACCAUUGGUAUGGCUUGGAUAUUUAGUUCCAUAGCUGGCUUUUUUACUGAUCGUUAUGGUCGACGUCCAGUUAUUUUGUUAGCUUCUGCUAUAUUCACUGCAGGUUCGGUAGUUAUGGCAUUCGCAAUGGAAAAAUGGUCGUUACUUAUUGGUAGAGCGAUUGUCGGUGUUGGCAUUGGUUUGGCAUCCAUGGUAGUUCCCAUGUAUAUAGCGGAAGUAGCUCCUGAUGAACUUCGUGGAUCUCUUGUGAUGAUAAAUAAUUGUUUCGUAACUGGUGGACAAUUUAUUGCCUCUGUAAUCGCCGGUAUAUUAAGUUAUUUUGACCAUGACCUAGCUUGGAGGUUAAUGUUGGGUAUCGCUGGUAUUCCUGCGUUUAUCCAAUUCAUUGGAUUCUUCUUCAUGCCUGAAUCACCUCGUUGGUUGGUCAAGAAAGGCAAAGACGAGCAAGCUAAAGCUGUUUUGUGUCGGAUUCGUUCUUCUGAACAAACAGCACAAUUGGAACUCGAAAUGAUCAAAGAUAGUUGCAUUGCCGAAGAGGAAGCAAAUGUUAAAAGCAAUGGUGCCAAUGUUUUGUCAAAAAUAUUCUCAUCACAACCGUUGAGACGAGCUCUAUUGGUCGGAUGUACUUUGUCAGCUAUUUCUCAAUUAUCUGGAAUCAACACUGUUAUGUAUUAUAGUGCGACAAUCAUUCAAAUGUCCGGUGUUUACGAAGAAACAUUGGCCAUUUGGUUAGCCGCAGCUGUGGCUUCUGUAAAUUUCCUUUGUACAUUUAUUGGUAUUUAUUUUGUUGAGCGGACUGGUCGACGUAAACUAACUCUUGCAUCCCUGUCUGGUGUAAUACUCAGUUUAGCCGUUCUUGCCGCUGGCUUUCAAUUGAUUGAAAGCGAAUCUCCAGCCAUUCAUCCUGAACCUUUAAAUUCAUCAUUGCCAAUUUCAUUCUCUGCUAAAAUGGACAUUUGCUCAAUUCAAACAUCAUGUCGUAGCUGUAUCACACGACCUGAAUGUGGCUUCUGUUUCUCUGAUUACCCGCCGUGGGAGAAUGGAUCGUGUCUUUUGAGUGCCAAAACAGCUCAUUCGGAAUGGGACAAAAGUAAAUCUCAAUAUGGAACUUGUUCCAAUGGAACGAUUGUACCUGAAAAAUUAGUUUGGGCUUACGAUUGGUGUCCAUCUAAAUAUGCUUGGCUCACAAUUAUGGGUUUAUGUCUUUACUUAUUCUUCUUCGCACCCGGAUUGGGUCCCAUGCCAUGGACUAUCAAUGCUGAAAUCUAUCCAUUCUGGGCUCGUGGUACUUGCAAUUCAAUAUCAACAUCUGUCUGUUGGGCUUUCAAUCUUCUUGUUUCUUUAACAUUCCUUUCCUUGACCAAAGCAAUUACCAAACAUGGUACUUUUUGGCUUUACUGUAGUUUCGCUAUUGUUGGUUGGAUAUUUCUCAUUAUUGAACUACCUGAAACUCGUGGAGUGUCUCUUGAGAAUGUCGAAGAACUAUUCAGAAGACCAAAAAAGAAAAAGGAUGAAUUGAAGAAACAACCAGUUUCAUCUCCCGAUUUAGAUGCAUCUAAUAACAACAAAACACCAAUUGUAAAAUGCUAAUGAUUGUCAUAGCCAGUUCAAUGAAAAUAUGGAAAUGAAAACUGACUAGUUUUCAUUCAGCGAUUGGACGCCAACGAACUUGUUAAAAAAGGUUUUCAUAAACUGCGUUUAUUUGUUCAAAAAUGUAUUCAUAUUUUAUUAUUUGUAUUUUAUUACUGCUAAUAUUGAUGUACGAAAAAAGGAUUUCUGUAAUCAACCUGUUGUUACAAUUUUACUAGAAAUGCCAUUAUGAUGCAUUUCCUUUAAUAAAUCCAUUUAUAGAAAUGUUGUGAAAAUAA